AUGAGUUCGGCUAUCAGUGCACCAUCUGAACGACUAGUCGCAUACGAGCCAACUAGUUUGGCGGGCGAGACAAAGUUUUUCCAGCACAUCAAGCAGCUUACGACUGAUGUCUCUCCCUUUCGCUGGUAUCUUGAGAAUGCUCGCUGCGUACUGACUGAACUGGGGCCAUGUGCUUGCGAUCUCUAUUUGCGCCGUAUCCUGAAGGAUGUCAGCGAAACCCCUCCAAGCGAAAAUGGCUCCUUUUACAAAAUAACUAAGGAAUCCAUGUUUCUUCUUCGGGACUGGGUUUUCUCAAUGCCAAGUUUCGAGAACUCCACUAAAAAAACCAAUGUCACUUCGAAAUUUACUGAACUGGUGAACGUACUCAAGGCCUGCGACCCGUACAAAGGCCGCUUCCGCUGUGUCAUUCAUGUGCAACGAGAAUGCAUAGGCGUGGCACUAACUGAGUUGCUAUUAUCUCUCACGGGGGAGCUAGGCUUCAUACUGCCUUGUGUUGUUCCACAGACCGUCGUUGAUGAUCCUGAGCUAGAGAGAAGCGUUUUAGAUGGAUUUCAUUCGAGAAAAUACAACGUUCUCAUUGUGUCACAAUCAAUAGAAGAUUUGAGUGUACCCAAAGUGGACGUUAUCAUCCGCUUCAAUGUCAUCGAAAGCCAGGUAUCUUACGCCUAUAGCAGGGCUCAAUGUCGUGGAUUCCUAAGCCAGCUAGUGCACAUGAUCGAGAAGGGAAAUGAUGCUCAACGUCGCACUUUGUCCCGAGUUUCCGAGUGUGCUCGGCAAGAUGGUCGUUGGAUCGACUUUUUAGUACGAAACGGAAAGUGUUGCGCCCCCUCUUCCCUGUUGUACGAGAGCCCUCAAGAUCAUUACCUCCAUGAGGAAGCUUUCCCCUUGCUUUGCGCCGACGGUAGAUACUUAAUCGACCCUACUACGGCAGGGCAUCUUCAUGUCAACGAUGCUGUCGUUGCUAUCUAUCGACUGGCCAGCAAUCUGCAAAGGAUGAUGCACACUGCUCCUGAUGAACCUCUGUUGCUGCUGGAGUCUGAGAGAAAAGAUGGCGCCUGUCUCUUCCAAUGCACUGUGAAUCUGCCUGGACUUCUCCCAAAUGUCAAAUACUCAGGACCCUAUGCUCUCACCUCUAUGAAAGCUCGUCGCCUUGCGUGUUAUGGUGCAUGCGAGCAACUCCAUGAAAUUGGCGCACUUCCUCAUGCUCUAUUUUCUUAUAACCGUUCUUUCUCUCAAAAUGAUGCGCCUCUCGAUGGACCAACGAGCGCUCAUUGUUAUCUCAGGAAGAAGCCCAGCCUUUGGGACCGUUUAACGAGGCAGAGAUCUCCACGCAUGUACUCUGUCGUCCUGUUUGUUGAAGAUCCGUCAUAUCGACCGCUUCUUUUGGUCACCAGCUUGCCAUUUCCCUCUAUGGAUGAUAUCAUUAUAUAUCUUGACGGAGUCCCUGUCUCCGUGACUGUCCAAUGUGGGCCUUCUUUAGAGCUUGGCGAGGAUGAGCUCUCCCAGCUGCACUCUUUCACUGUUCGACUGUGCCGUUCUAUGUCUAACAAACCCAUCUCCUGCGGCCUUGAUCAAGCGCCUUAUUUCUUUGCUCCGGUCGGCGACCACACUCUUUCAGCCGGGAAGGUUGAGCUGCGUGGACCCGGCUACGUUGCAUGGGAUAUAGUCGAGGCUGCGUGUGGUGAAGCCUUGGUUCCUCUCCAUCCGUCUGAUCUACGGUCCCAACAUGACUUAGAGGGCGUGGUCGUACAAGACAGAUGGGUAGAAUUUACUCGCCGAUACUACGUCGAGUCCGUUCGGACUGAUCUGAAACCUAAAAGCAAGCCUGACGAUGCUCUCCGGGAAGCAGAGUUUGAAAGCAUUCUGGACUACGUCAAAGACCGACGAAAAGACUUUGAAGGUCUCAAAAAUUACGAACAGCCUCUGAUUCAAGUGUCUAAAGUCCCAAACCUAUCCAACCUUUUGAACCCACUCAAGACAGCUGCUGAAGUAGGGAAGCCUACAGCCAGGUAUUUGAUCCCGGAACUUACGGCGAAAUACACGAUUCCUGCGAAUGUAUAUCGGAUGGCCCUACUGUUGCCAUCAGUCACUCAGCGAAUUGACAAUAUCCUCAUCGCUAAGGAGCUUAAUGCCAUGCUUUUCGAGCAUCAGAUAACCGAGGGCCUUCUAUUGUCGGCUCUGUCCGCACCCUCGGCCCUAUAUGCAUUUGACUAUGAACGCCUCGAACUUCUCGGUGAUGCCUUUCUCAAGUAUAUCACCUCCAUAUAUGUCUUCGUCAUUUAUCCUGCCCAUGCGGAAGGCUCCCUGCACAACUUACGCCAGAAGAUGACCAGUAAUAAAGCUCUUCUUCAGAAUGCACUUGCAAUAGAGCUGCCUCCGUAUAUCCAAGGGAAACCUCUCAGCCUAAAACUAUGGCUUCCAACGAACUACACGCUCGAUAAAUGCCCUCCGAUAGCUCACCAGCGCCAUGACGAGCACGCAGCAAGCGCAGUUGAUACAACAGUCGUUGAUACUCGACCACAUCCAGACACCACUCAAGCACGUACCAAAAAGAAGGUGAGGAAGCAAAACCAAGACCAGGUCACUCAAUGGUUAGGUGAUAAGACAAUCGCCGACGUCGUUGAGGCUAUCAUUGGAGCCGCAUACCUUUCUGGAGGUUGCGAUGUGGCACUGAGAGUUAUGAAGGCGCUCACCAUCCCGUUGAAUUCUGUGGAACAAUGGUCUGACUUUGGACGGAAAGUCCUUACCCCGCCACCUAGAGUUUCAGCUGCGCUUCCGCCACGAAGUUUGGAAUUCGUGGAAAAGCUUGUAAGAAGGAAAGUCAAGUAUCCGCAUCUUUUAGCGCAAGCAUUGACCCAUGGAUCCAUCCAAGGCUACGAUGCAACAACGUACCAGCGUCUGGAAUUCCUUGGAGACGCAAUACUGGACUUCAUGGUGGUUCGCCACAUAUAUCACCGUGAUGAGUCACUCUCUCCUGGUGUCAUGACAAUUCUCAAGAGUGCCAUGGUAGCAAACUCGGCAUUAGCAGCAAUUUGUGUGUGGUCAGGCUUGAAUGAACACCUGCUCGUGGAUGACUACGAAGUCUCAGAGUCCUUCAAGAAGUAUGCCAGAGACCUCAAAGCCAAGGAACAAGAAGUGCGAACCGCGAGUUUGAGAGACGGUACACCCAUCGGCCAGUUCUGGCUGCACAUCACUCCGCCUAAGGCGUUAUCCGACGUGGUAGAAUCAAUCAUAGGCGCUUUGUAUAUUUCGGAUGGUUUCGAACCCUUGAGCAUCGAGAUUUUCUUUGACGAGGUCUUGAUGCCCUUCUACGAUCAAUACAUCACGCUAAAAACAAUAACUGAGCACCCUGCCAAAAUUUUGUUUGAUCUUCUACAAGCCCAUGGUUGCCAGGAAUACGAGCUUGACAAAGGAAAGGGAGAUGGUCAAUUCAAAUUUUGUAAAGUUGUCGUCCACGGCACAUUGGUCGCAGAAGCCACCAGCGAUACACAAAGUGCUGCCCGUCGGCUAGCAUGCAUGGAAACACUAGAUGCAUUGGAGGGUGAUCCCGAGUUCAUGGUACGCACGUGCGAUUGUCGGGCGCAGGGGUCUAGUAAGAAGAAAAACAAUACUGUGGACAUCAUGCUUGCGGAAUGGGUAGAAGAGGGCGAAUGA